AAGUAAUCAGUUCAUUUCAGGGGUGAAGAGUCUCUCUCGGAUUUCCUCGUCUUUGCACCUGUAACAGCAGGUUUAUUAAAAAAAUGGGUGACGCACAGAUGGCCGAGUAUGGGUCUGCAGCCUCAUUUCUGCGCAAGUCGGAUAAAGAACGCAUUGAAGCCCAGACUCGACCCUUUGACAUGAAGAAGGAAUGCUUCGUCCCAGACACCGUCGAAGAAUUUGUGAAAGGAAAAAUUAUCAGUCGCGACGGCAGCAAAGUUACCGUCGAGACUGAUGAUGGAAAGACUGUUACCGUAAAGGAGGAUGAUGUACACCCUCAGAAUCCCCCCAAGUUUGACAAGAUUGAAGACAUGGCGAUGUUUACCUUCCUGCAUGAGCCAGCUGUUUUGUAUAACCUCAAAGAGCGUUAUGCAGCCUGGAUGAUCUAUACCUACUCAGGGCUUUUCUGUGUCACUGUGAAUCCAUACAAGUGGCUGCCUGUGUACAAUGCAGAGGUGGUUGCUGCCUACCGGGGUAAGAAGAGGACAGAGGCUCCCCCACACAUCUUCUCCAUCUCUGAUAAUGCCUACCAGUACAUGCUGACAGACAGAGAAAACCAGUCUAUCCUAAUCACUGGAGAAUCUGGUGCUGGAAAGACUGUGAACACCAAGAGGGUCAUUCAGUACUUUGCCAGCAUUGCUGCGGCUGGUGGAAAAAAAGAAGCUGUUUCAAGCAAGGGGACACUGGAAGAUCAAAUCAUCCAGGCUAACCCUGCCUUAGAAGCCUUUGGCAAUGCUAAAACUGUGAGGAACGACAACUCUUCCCGAUUUGGCAAAUUUAUUAGAAUUCACUUUGCUGCCAGUGGCAAACUUGCUUCUGCUGAUAUUGAAACAUAUCUCCUGGAGAAGUCUCGUGUGGUCUUCCAGCUCAAGUCUGAGAGAGACUAUCACAUUUUCUAUCAGAUACUGUCCAACAAGAAGCCUGAACUUCUGGAAAUGCUGUUGGUCACCAACAACCCCUAUGACUAUGCAUUCAUCUCCCAAGGAGAGACAACCGUAGCUUCCAUUGAUGAUGCCGAUGAACUUAUGGCUACUGAUAGUGCUUUUGAUGUGCUGGGCUUCACACAGGAAGAGAAAAAUAGUGUUUACAAGCUGACUGGUGCUAUAAUGCACUAUGGAAACAUGAAGUUUAAGCAAAAGCAACGAGAGGAGCAGGCUGAGCCUGACGGCACUGAGGAUGCGGAUAAGGCCGCUUACCUGAUGGGCUUAAACUCUGCCGAUCUUUUGAAGGGUCUCUGCCACCCAAGAGUGAAAGUUGGAAAUGAAUGGGUCACAAAGGGUCAAAAUGUUCAGCAGGUAAUGUACUCUAUUGGCGCCCUAGCCAAGGCAGUGUAUGAGAAGAUGUUCAACUGGAUGGUACUGAGAAUCAACCAAUCCUUGGAUACCAAACAGGCCCGUCAGUACUUUAUUGGUGUGCUAGACAUUGCUGGCUUUGAGAUCUUUGAUUUUAACAGUUUUGAACAGCUGUGUAUCAAUUUCACCAAUGAAAAGUUACAACAGUUCUUCAAUCAUCACAUGUUUGUGCUGGAGCAAGAGGAGUACAAGAAAGAGGGAAUUGAGUGGGAAUUCAUUGACUUUGGAAUGGACCUGCAGGCCUGCAUUGACCUCAUUGAGAAGCCCAUGGGUAUCAUGUCCAUCCUUGAAGAGGAGUGCAUGUUCCCGAAGGCUUCAGACACGACAUUUAAAGCCAAGCUUUAUGACAACCAUCUGGGCAAGUCCAACAACUUUCAAAAGCCAAGGGUGAUUAAGGGGAAGCCAGAGGCUCACUUUGCACUGAUGCACUAUGCUGGCACGGUAGAUUACAACAUCAUGAACUGGCUGGUGAAGAAUAAGGACCCACUAAAUGAAACUGUUGUUGGGUUGUACCAGAAGUCUGCUCUUAAACUUCUUAGCAUACUGUUUGCCAAUUAUGCUGGAGCUGACUCAGCCCAAGAGACCAAAGGAAAGGGUGCAAAGAAAAAAGGUUCUUCUUUCCAGACAGUGUCUGCACUUCAUCGGGAAAAUUUGAACAAGCUGAUGACAAACUUGAGAUCUACACAUCCUCACUUUGUGCGCUGCAUUAUUCCAAAUGAAACCAAGACUCCAGGGAAAAUGGAUAACCCCCUGGUGAUGCACCAGCUGCGUUGUAAUGGUGUGCUGGAAGGCAUCAGAAUCUGCAGAAAGGGAUUCCCCAACAGGAUUCUUUAUGGGGAUUUCAAGCAGAGAUAUCGUAUCCUGAAUCCAGCUGCGAUUCCAGAGGGUCAGUUCAUAGACAGCAAGAAAGGAGCGGAGAAACUCUUAGGUUCCUUAGACAUAGAUCACAGUCAGUACAAAUUUGGACACACCAAGGUGUUUUUCAAGGCUGGUCUGCUGGGUCAACUAGAAGAGAUGAGAGAUGAUCGUUUAUCUGCAAUUAUAACUCGAAUCCAGGCUCAGUCCCGUGGACUGCUCUCUAGAAUAGAGUACAAGAAGAUUGUUGAGCGCAGAGAUUCACUAUUGGUCAUUCAGUGGAACAUCCGUGCCUUCAUGGGUGUGAAAAACUGGCCCUGGAUGAAACUCUACUUUAAGAUUAAGCCACUGCUGAAAUCUGCAGAAACAGAGAAAGAGAUGGCAAACAUGAAGGAGGAGUUUCUGAAACUCAAAGAGGCCUACGAAAAAUCGGAGGCUCGCAGGAAAGAAUUAGAAGAAAAGAUGGUUUCUCUUCUUCAAGAGAAGAAUGAUUUGCAGCUCCAAGUCCAAGCAGAGCAAGAUAAUCUUGCUGAUUCAGAAGAGCGGUGUGAUCAAUUGAUAAAAAACAAAAUUCAACUAGAAGCAAAAUCCAAAGAACUAAAUGAACGCCUUGAGGAUGAAGAAGAAAUGAAUGCUGAGCUAACAGCCAAGAAGAGAAAAUUGGAAGAUGAGUGCUCUGAGCUGAAGAAAGACAUCGAUGAUCUAGAGCUCACCCUAGCAAAAGUGGAAAAGGAGAAGCAUGCCACUGAGAACAAAGUGAAGAAUCUAACAGAAGAGAUGGCUGCUCUGGAUGAAAUUAUUGCCAAGCUGACUAAAGAGAAGAAGGCACUGCAAGAAGCCCAUCAGCAAACCUUGGAUGACUUGCAAAGUGAGGAGGACAAAGUAAAUUCUCUGACUAAAGCCAAGGCCAAGCUGGAGCAACAAGUUGAUGAUCUUGAGGGCUCCCUUGAACAAGAAAAGAAGGUGCGGAUGGACCUGGAAAGAGUUAAGAGAAAACUGGAAGGUGACUUGAAGCUGUGUCAGGAAAGCCUAAUGGACCUGGAAAACGAUAAGCAGCAGCUGGAGGAAAAGCUGAAAAAGAAGGACUUUGAGAUAAAUCAGCUUAAUGGGAAAAUUGAAGAUGAGCAAGCAUUAGCAGCUCAGCUCCAGAAAAAACUGAAGGAACUUCAGGCUCGUAUUGAGGAGCUGGAAGAAGAACUUGAGGCAGAGAGAGCUGCUAGAGCUAAAGUGGAGAAGCAGCGGGCAGACUUAUCUCGGGAACUGGAGGAGAUCAGUGAGAGACUAGAAGAGGCUGGUGGAGCCACCUCUGCCCAAAUUGAGAUGAACAAAAAGCGGGAGGCUGAGUUUCAGAAAAUGAGACGAGACCUUGAGGAGGCAACCCUGCAUCAUGAAGCUACAGCUGCCACACUUAGGAAGAAACAUGCUGACAGCGUGGCUGAGCUGGGUGAGCAGAUUGAUAAUCUGCAAAGAGUCAAGCAGAAGCUUGAAAAGGAGAAGAGUGAGCUGAAGCUGGAACUGGAUGAUGUGCUGUCUAAUAUGGAGCAGGUCGUCAAAGUCAAGAUAAAUCUUGAAAAGAUGUGCAGGACAAUGGAGGACCAAGUGAAUGAAUACAAAACAAAAUGUGAAGAAAGUCAGCGCUCUCUCAAUGAUUUUGCCACACAGAGAGCUAAACUACAGACAGAGAAUGGCGAAUUCUCCAGGCAGCUAGAAGAAAAAGAGUCUCUCAUUUCUCAGCUAACCAGAGGAAAACUGUCUUACACUCAGCAAAUUGAAGAUCUCAAAAGACAACUGGAAGAGGAAAUAAAGGCAAAAAAUGCUCUAGCCCAUGCAGUUCAGUCCGCACGUCAUGAUUCUGACCUCCUCAGAGAGCAGUAUGAAGAGGAGCAGGAAGCCAAAGCAGAGCUGCAGCGCAAUCUGUCCAAAGCCAAUACAGAGGUGGCUCAGUGGAGAACCAAAUAUGAAACAGAUGCCAUUCAGAGGACAGAGGAACUGGAAGAGGCAAAAAAGAAGCUGGCCCAGAGGCUGCAGGAUGCAGAAGAAGCUGUUGAGGCUGCAAAUGCCAAGUGUUCUUCCCUGGAAAAAACCAAACACAGACUGCAGAAUGAGAUUGAGGAUCUCAUGGUAGACCUGGAAAGAUCUAAUGCAGCAGCAGCAGCACUUGACAAGAAGCAGAAGAACUUUGAUAAGGUCUUGAAUGAGUGGAAACAGAAGUUUGAAGAGUCCCAAAGUGAACUGGAGAGCUCCCAAAAGGAAGCCAGGUCACUAAGCACUGAGCUCUUCAAACUGAAGAACGCCUAUGAAGAGUCUUUAGACCACCUGGAGACCUUGAAAAGGGAAAACAAAAACCUGCAAGAGGAGAUUUCAGAUCUUACCGAACAACUUGGAGAAAGUGGCAAGAGCAUUCAUGAACUGGAAAAAGUCCGCAAGCAACUGGAACAAGAGAAGGUUGAUCUGCAGACAUCUUUAGAAGAAGCUGAGGCUACUCUGGAGCAUGAGGAAAGCAAGAUCCUCCGAGCCCAACUUGAAUUUAACCAGGUUAAGGCUGAUAUUGAGCGGAAGCUAUCGGAGAAGGAUGAGGAGAUGGAACAGGCGAAAAGGAACCACCAAAGGGUUGUGGAUUCUCUGCAGACCUCACUGGAAUCAGAAACUCGGAGCAGAAAUGAGGCUCUAAGGCUAAAGAAGAAGAUGGAGGGAGAUCUCAAUGAGAUGGAAGUUCAGUUGAGUCAGGCUAACAGACAGGCUGCUGAAGCCCAGAAACAGCUUAAGAGUGUCCACGCUCACCUAAAGGAUGCCCAAGUUCAACUUGAUGAUUCUCUAAGAGUGAAUGAUGAUCUUAAAGAGAAUAUUGCAAUUGUGGAACGGCGCAACAACCUCUUGCAGGCUGAACUGGAAGAAUUAAGGGGAGUGGUGGAGCAGACUGAAAGAGCACGCAAGCUUGCUGAGCAAGAGCUCAUCGAGAUCAGCGAGAGGGUCCAGUUACUGCAUUCUCAGAACACUAGCCUUAUUAACCAGAAGAAAAAGCUGGAAGCCGACACUGCUCAACUUCAAACUGAGGUGGAGGAGGCUGUGCAAGAGUGUAGAAAUGCAGAAGAGAAAGCCAAAAAAGCCAUCACUGAUGCAGCCAUGAUGGCAGAAGAGCUGAAGAAGGAACAAGACACCAGUGCCCACCUGGAACGUAUGAAGAAGAACAUGGAACAGACCAUUAAAGACCUGCAGCACCGGCUGGAUGAAGCAGAGCAAAUCGCCAUGAAAGGUGGCAAAAAGCAGCUGCAAAAGCUGGAGGCCCGUGUGCGAGAGCUGGAAAAUGAAUUGGAAGCAGAACAGAGAAAGAGCAUUGAGGCUGUGAAAGGAGCCAGGAAGUACGAGAGACGCAUCAAAGAGCUCACCUACCAGACUGAGGAGGACCGUAAGAAUAUGGCUCGCUUGCAAGAUCUGGUCGAUAAACUGCAACUGAAGGUGAAGGCGUAUAAAAGGACCGCCGAGGAGGCUGAGGAACAGGCUAAUGCAAACCUGGCUAAAUUCCGAAAGCUGCAGCAUGAGCUGGACGAGGCUGAAGAAAGAGCUGAUAUUGCUGAGUCUCAAGUCAACAAGCUGCGGGCCAAAAGCCGAGAUAUUGGUGUCAAGAAAGGAAUGGAUGAAGAAUAAGAACCCCAACAGAAACAUUUUCUUUAUCUCUUUCUCUCUGUGACAUUUAGUCUCCUUGCUGUGAUUUUACCCCUUCCUGUACAUUAUGUAGAAUAAACUGAAUUUCAAACUGAA